CUUACUCCGGUCAGCUCAGUCAGAGAUCUGUCUGACUCAGAGGGGAGUUGUCCCAGCCCUAGCGCAUAAAAACGUCCUACCCAAGCGACAGACACCACCCAACAAAGAUCUCUCUGGGAAGAACAGAUUUUUAGCGGACGGACCCCGAAAUAUUAUAAUCGUACCAGCGCCAGGAUGGUGUACCACGCAGAGUUUGAGAAGGCUGGGCAGCAGCCAGGCCUCCAGGUGUGGAGGAUCGAGAAGAUGGACCUGGUUCCCGUGCCAACCAACCUGUACGGAGGGUUCUACACGGGCGACGCCUACCUCAUCCUGAACACCAUCAAACAGCGUUCAGGAAACCUGCAGUAUGACCUGCACUUCUGGCUGGGUGAUUUCUGUACCCAGGAUGAGAGCGGGGCGGCCGCCAUCUUCACUGUUCAGAUGGACGACUACCUGGGGGGCAAACCCAUCCAGAACCGCGAGGUUCAGGGCUACGAGUCCAAAUCCUUCCUGGGCUACUUCAAAUCUGGACUCAAGUACAUGAAAGGGGGCGUGGCUUCAGGAUUCAGACAUGUGGUCACCAACGAGGUCGUUAUGCAGCGCGUGCUGCAGGUGAAAGGUCGCCGUGUUGUCAGGGCAACAGAGGUGCCCGUCAGCUGGGACAACUUCAAUCAGGGAGACUGCUUCAUCCUGGACCUCGGGAACGAGAUCUUCCAGUGGUGUGGCUCCAAGAGCAACCGCUUCGAGAAGCUGAAGGCCACGCAGGUCGCCAAGGGUAUCCGUGACAACGAGCGCAGCGGUCGCGCCCGCGUGUACGUGUGCGACGAGGGCGCGGAGCGGGAGAAGAUGCUGGAGGUUCUGGGACCAAAGCCGGAUCUGCCCGAGGGAGUGUCCGAUGACAUCAAAGCCGACGCAUCCAACAGGAAGAUGGCAAAAUUAUACAAGGUGUCCAAUGCCAGUGGAGAGAUGGCCAUCGCCCUGGUGGCAGCGGAGAACCCGUUCUCCCAGAGUGCACUGGAGUCCAGCGACUGCUUCAUCCUGGACCACGGCUCCGAUGGCAAGAUCUUCGUCUGGAAAGGCAAGGACGCCAACAUGGAGGAGAGGAAGGCGGCUCUGAAGGCGGGCGAGGACUUCAUAAAGAAGAUGGGCUACCCCAAACACACGCAGGUGCAGAUCCUGCCCGAGAUGGGCGAGACGCCGCUCUUCAAGCAGUUCUUCAAGAACUGGCGCGACAUGGACCAGACGAUGGGGCUGGGCGUGGCCUACGUGUCCAACAGCAUCGCCAAGAUCGAGAAGGUGCCCUUCGACGCCUCCACCCUGCACGACUCCCCCGCCAUGGCGGCCCAGCACGGGAUGGUGGAUGACGGGAACGGCGAGAAGCAGAUCUGGCGCAUCGAGGGGGCAGACAAGGUGCCCGUGGACCCCUCCACCUAUGGACAGUUCUACGGGGGCGACAGUUACAUCAUCCUCUACAACUACCGCCACGGAGGCCGCCAGGGACACAUCAUCUACAUGUGGCAGGGAAUGGACUCCAGCCAGGACGAAGUCGGGGCGUGCGCGAUUCUGUCGGCUCAGCUGGACGAAGAGCUCGGCGGGGGGCCAGUGCAGGUUGUUGGUGCUCCAAUCACCACACAGGUGCGGGUGGUCCAGGGGAAGGAGCCGGCCCACCUGAUGAGCCUGUUCGGGGGGCAGCCCAUGGUGGUGUACAGGGGCGGAACCUCCAGAGAGGGGGGUCAGACCGCCCCUGCCGAAACGCGCCUGUUCCAGGUGCGCUCCAAUUCGGCUGGGUGCACGAGGGCCGUGGAGGUGGACGCCGUGGCCUCCAACCUGAACUCCAACGACGCCUUCGUCCUGGUGACGCCGGGCGGCUGCUUCCUCUGGGCGGGGCAGGGGGCGAGCGACACGGAGAAGCGGGGGGCGCAGCAGCUCUGCGGGAUCCUGGGGGUGUCCGCGUCCCGGCUGGGGGAGGGGGGAGAGGCGGAUGAGUUCUGGGAGGCUCUCGGAGGAAAGGCAGCCUACCGCACCUCCACCCGGCUGAAGGACAAAAUGGAGGCCCACCCGCCCAGGCUGUUCGCCUGUUCCAACAAGACAGGCCAAUUCAUCAUUGAAGAGGUUCCCGGGGAGAUGACCCAAGAGGACCUGGCCACUGAUGAUGUCAUGAUCCUGGACACCUGGGAGCAAGUCUUCGUAUGGAUUGGCAACGAAGCGCACGAGGAGGAGAAGACCGAGGCAAUGGCUUCAGCCGCCCGUUACAUCGAGACAGACCCCGCCAACCGGGACCGCCGGACCCCCAUCGUGAAGAUCAAGCAGGGGUUCGAGCCGCCCACCUUCAGCGGCUGGUUCCUGGGCUGGGACAACGAGUACUGGAGCACCGACCCCCUGGAGCGCGCCAUGGCCGAGCUCGAGAUGUGAACUCUGACCCGCCCCAGCCCCGGCCCCGCACCCUGCCUCACCCCACCGGGUUCUGCCACAGACUCAAAGGGGAUAGGGUUUCAACCCCUCCUGCACUUCUCCAGUGUCAAAGGGCUUAAACUGCUUCUUUUUUUUUUUUUUUAAGCUGUGUGUUUAAAAAAGAAAAGAAAAAAAAGCCAAGUACUUUUAGUUGACUUUUUUUCAGCCCAAGGGGCUUGGUAGACUAGGCGUGUCAGGGCUGUCAAACUCCAGUCCUGGAGGGCUAGUGUCUGCAGGUUUUCCAUCAGCAGCCAAUUAAGGCCUUGAGAACAAGGUGUGUGGAUGAUUUAACCAAUCAACAUCUUAGAUGAACCACUGUACAUAAAACCAGCAGACUCUGUGGCCCACCAGUACUGGAUUUUGACACCUGUGGUUAGGACAAUUCAGAGGGUGGUCAAAGUUUGAUAUCGGCAAGGAAUUCUGAGGGUCUUGUCGCUUUUAGCAAAGGAAAGUUAAUUUGGAAAUCUCAUCCUCAUAAAAAGACAUCCUGCACAUCUGCGUUAGCCAAGCAGGAUUUUAGCCUUUUAUAUUCUGAAAACCCUUUUAAAAGUGAUCAAUAUUAAAUCGUGAAGUACAUAAUCAUAUGUGGUAUUGUAUUUCGCAAUUCUUGUUUUUUCCACUUAAGUAGAAUCAUUGUCCAAUGUCAAGCAGUUCUUUAUUCAUCGGAAUAUCCGAAGGACCGUAAAUUAGUUGCAUUUACGUUAUGGCACAAAAGUCUACCCAAGGUCAGGCAUGGCUAAGAAUACAGACUCAAAUGGCUAAGUGAAUUAUCCAUUCACUCAGUGAGGUCGUAGAAUUAGCUCUGAUGUUGAUGUUGCAGAAAUGCAGCAUUGACGAGAGACUGAAGAAAAGAUGACCGCAUUUGACUCUGGUGUCCCGAAACACGCAGGCUUUCAACAUAAUUUCCGUUUGCACAGCUUGUUGGAUGCUUCUCAUUGGGAAAGGCCCAAAGCGGCCACUGUAAAGCCAGCUGUUCGUGAUAGAGCGUGCCAGUCAGAUCAUUUUUUCACUGGUGACGAAGGGCCAGAUUAUUUCAUCGUCCCAAAGUUGCCAGUUACCAAGUUGCCAUUUUUUGCUUAAUGCCACGUUUAUUAGAGACCAGAUAAAGGUUGUUAUGGGCACUCGGCUUCGCAUCACAGCUUGUGUACCGGUGUAAUACCGUUGUGUAUUUAUUGGGACUGUAUCCUUUGCUUACUUCUUUCCUUCAUAAACCAAUACAAAAACUUGGAACACCA